CUCUUUGAGUAGGGCUUUGUCGCGUUUCACUCCUCUUCUCUUGCUGCUGCUUCUGCUGCAACCCAAAUAAGAGGGCAGAGAGAGAAAAGUAGCAGACUUGAAUCUCUGCCCUAUACCUACUUCCCCUCUUGCUCCAUUACUGUAACUGGAAAUACUGGGUUUUUGUGAUGGGAGAGAGAAUCCCACCAGGAAGUUACUUUCAAUACCCUCCUUCUGGAGUCCAUGCUUCUCCCCACAGGUCUUCUUCUAUCCCAACAGAUCGUGAAAGUGGCAGAUACUUGACGGAAUUAUUGGCAGAGAGGCAAAAGUUGGGACCAUUUAUGCAAGUUCUGCCGAACUGCAGCCGGCUUCUAAAUCAAGAAAUCAGAAAGGUGUCAAGUUUUGUGGAUCAUGAAAGAUUUGAGAAUGAUAGUCCAUUUAGGUCAUUAAGUCAACCCGUGAAUGGAAGACCAAUGGAUUUGGAGGGCUGGUCCAUGAUGCAAACUGAGGAUAAUGGGCAUCUUCAAAGAAUGACUGCACGUCAAGCUGCUUCAAUGGGUUGGCCUGGGGUGCCAGGGAUUCCACCGACACCUGUUGUAAAGAGAGUUGUUAGACUUGAUGUUCCAGUGGACAAGUAUCCAAAUUAUAAUUUUGUUGGUCGAAUUUUGGGACCGCGUGGAAACUCUUUGAAAAGGGUCGAAGCCUUGACACAAUGUAGAGUAUACAUAAGAGGUCGGGGCUCUGUGAAGGAUACUGUAAAGGAGGAAAAGCUAAAAGAUAAACCUGGAUAUGAACACCUCAAUGAGCCACUGCAUGUUUUGGUGGAAGCUGAAUUUCCAGAGGAUAUAAUAAAUUCUCGGUUGGAUCAUGCAGUUGCGGUGCUGGAAGAUCUUUUGAAGCCUGUGGAUGAAUCUUUGGAUCACUAUAAGAAGCAACAACUGAGGGAAUUAGCUAUUCUAAAUGGUACGCUCAGAGAAGAAAGCCCGAGCAUGAGCCCUAGUAUGAGCCCAAGCAUGUCACCUUUCAACACUGCAGGCAUGAAACGUGCAAAGACUGGAAGAUGAUCCCUGAAAACUGCGAUGACAUUAUUCUUUCUGCUGGUUAACUGAAACUGGAUCGUGGAAUCUCUGGUGACCUUGUCCGUGCAUGUUUGCCCGCCAGAACAAUUGCAGGAGGCUGAGAGUGGUCAUAAAUGGGUUAGCUGAACUCCCAAGUCCAUUUUGGUGCUUUUAACUGUUUGGCAUCUCCGACGCAUCAUCUGCUUAGAUGGUUUGUUCAAAGUAUGGUAUCGAAGUUGAUCUGCAGUCUUUCUAUUCUUUCAUGUAUUAUUUUAUUUGAUUAGAUGAAAUAACUCACUCCUAAGCAAAUUUAUCCUACCGAGAGUCAUGUAACUUAAUGGACACUUGUAGAAUGGUUUUGCUGAUGAUUUAUUUUGACUGUUGUAGCAUGCCUAUCUAGAUAGCCAUGCCGAUGACCUAAAUCAAACAUCGAAUAAUCCCAUUGUAAUUUCAUUGCCCUGCCAAUUUUUGGCCUAAUAAUUUAUGUCUCAUUUGUGUGAUAA